AUGGAGGUACCAAAGAUGGCAGCUUUAGGAACAACUCUCCUUACUUUAGCAUCAGUCCUCCUGCACGUGGCGAGAUGUCAGGGGAACAUGGGUAAAGGAAAGGACAGCUUGCCGCUGAGAUUCACACAUCAUCUCUACAACGUCACCAUCAACGAGAACUCUGCCCCGCGGGCGUACGUUGAGACGUCAGAGAAGAUGGGCAUUGAAGUGACAGAUGUGUUCUGGGAAAUCAAAUAUAAUGUGGUCUCAGGUGAUGACGAUGGCCUUUUCCAAGCAGAGGCGGUUGUAGUUGGGGAUUUUUGCUUCCUCAGGAUCAAAACACGCAGCAGUAACUCAGCACAGCUCAACAGGGAGGUCAGAGACGCGUACAUUCUCACUGUUGCGGCGACCGAAAGCACUUUUGACUUCCAGACGAAGACUAAGGUGUUUGUCCAGGUGCUUGACACUAACGACCUAAAGCCUCUUUUCUAUCCUGCCUCAUACAACAAGGCUAUCAGGGAGGACAGUCCACUUAAGUCAAAUGUUGUGAUAGUUAGUGCAACAGACGCCGACAUUGGGAGCAACGCCCAGUUUUAUUACUCUUUCACCAGCAGAUCUCAUCCCUUUGUCGUCGACCCUUUCACAGGCACAGUCAGUCUUGUCAAGAAGCUCAAUCACACCCGCACAGAGAGGUACGACCUCACGGUUUUAGCUGAGGACAGGACAAAGAAGAUAUCUGGCGUUCAAAAAUUUGGUAAUGUUGCCAGGGUAACAAUAAAUGUACAAAAGAUGGCCAUGGGGUUUCCAGUUAUCACACCGCCCCCCAAACACACAUUCUCUACAGACGGCAAAAUAACUAUCAAUGUCCACGUAGAGGCCGGAGUUAAGCCUGUGGAAUCCCUUAAUAUUGUUGGAGGGGAUCCCCACAAGAGUUUUGAGAUAAUUCCUUUUGGUGUGCAGGGCAGUGACUUCCAAGUAAUCUCAACAAAGAGGACUAUCUGGUCUAAAACUCCUUUUGGGUUGAAUCUGUCCCUUCAAGCUAAAGACAGGAGCUUCCCGAGCUUACACUCUCCUGUUGCACAAAUCCACAUUCCGGCCUAUCAUUACAGCCCGUUGGCAUUUUUAGAGGACACCUACAUUGUCACACUUAGUGAGUUUUCACCCCCUAAAACUCACGUGGUUAAGGUUUCUGUCACCUCAGUACCUUAUAAUGUUACCUUUAGUAUCAAAAAUAAUCCAGACAGCACUAAAUUCAAGAUAAAUCCCAAAACAGGAAUUAUCAUAACAACAGAGAAAUUUGACUAUGAGAGAAAGGAGCGGUACGAGUUCGAUGUUGUGGCCAAUUAUGGUGACGCUGAGACUCACAUAGUGAUCGAGAUAACCGAUGAAAACGACAACAGCCCACAGUUCACUCACUCCUCCUAUCAAGCCACGCUGGAUGAAAACACUCCUGUUGGCAGCAGCGUUUUGAAAGUAGCUGCCACAGACAAAGAUAAAGGCAAAAACGGCUUUGUGACUUACGCUAUUGCGAAUGCAGGCCCCUUACCUUUUAUAAUAGACCCAUUCACAGGUGUCAUCUCAACCUCUGAACACUUAGACUACGAGCUGAUGAAACGGCGGUACCACCUGAGAGUUUGGGCGUCAGACAGUGGCAGCCCCUUCAGUCAGGUCAGCGAAUGCCCCGUGACGAUAACCCUGAACAACGUCAACGACAACAUCCCUCUGUUUGAGAGGGUGGGCUGCAACACCACUGUACCUCAAGACUUACUCGUGGGACACACCAUCGCUGAGCUGUCAGCCAUUGAUGUAGAUGAGCUGCAGCAGUUGAGGUAUGUCUUCGAGUCGGGAAAUGAGCUACAAGUAUUUGAUAUUGACCCGGUGACAGGAGCCGUCACCCUGAAGCAACCAAUUCCUGUGCGAGCAGGUUCGUUCGACUUGAGAGUUGUAGCCACUGAUGGCACACAUUUCUCUGAAGCUUCACUUGUCAGGGUUACUGUCACUAACAGAGGUGAUGACGCAACACUGCACUGCCAGGAAACGGGCAUUUUCAAACAGCUGACCGAUAAACUGAUUGAGUCGAUCAAACCCAUUUUAACAAAUCAAGAGGAAGACACGUUCUCUGAUAUUCACAUCACCAACCGACAUUCUCCCAAGUUCGACCUGGGCCUCCCGGGUUCAAUCGACCUGAUUGAGGACCAUCCACUGAAUUCCUCCAUUAUUCAGUUCAAGGCAACAGACACUGACACUGGGUUUAAUAGUAAGCUGGUAUACACCUUAUCGAGUGGGAAUGAAGAUGGCUGUUUCUCCAUUGACAUGUUCUCUGGUGACCUUCAGCUAGUUUGCCCAUUAGACAGAGAGAGUAAAGAGUUUUAUGUUUUGAACAUCACCGUUUAUGAUUUGGGGAUACCGCAAACAUCUGCAUGGAAGUUUGUUGCCGUGAAUGUCAUGGACGUCAAUGACAAUCCUCCUGUUUUUGAUCAGCCUAGAUAUGUGAUACGUGUGCCUGAAAACACAGAGGAGGACUCCAUUAUUUUUACAGCUCAUGCUAUAGAUUUUGAUGUAGAUGCGAGUGGUAAUGUCCAAUACUCCCUGCUCACGUCUACUGACAUGUUCAGAAUUGAUGAAGUGACUGGUGAGGUGAUGGUGACGGGUGGUUUGGAUCGAGAAACCUCACCCAGGCAUGACCUCAGGAUUGAAGCCAGAGACCAAGCCAAGCCCGGCCCUCAGUUGUUCUCCAUGAUUGACCUUGUGGUGGUUUUGCAAGAUAUAAAUGACAACCCACCCAAGUUUGUACCCAAAGUUUACAAAAUAAAAGUACCAGAGGAUGUACCCGUGGGCACUCUCCUCGUCUGGGUUGAGAGUGUUGACUUGGAUUUGGGCAGCGGAGGCAUUGUCACCUACAACCUCAAGAACACGGAGGGCGGGAUCUUUCAACUCGACCCCUCUACGGGCGCCUUGUUCCUGGAGAGGGAGCUGGACUUUGAGAGAAGGCCAAUUUACAACCUCACAGUCCGGGCCGUGGACCAUGGCCUCCCUCGCUCCCUCUCCUCCUCCUGCUUUGUGGAGAUUCAGGUUCUGGAUGUCAACGAAAACCUUAACAGGCCUAUGUUCUCAGAGUUUGUGUUUGAAGCCGGGUUGAUGGAGGAUGCAGUAGUGGGGACAUCAGUGGUCACGCUCACAGCUUCAGACAAGGACCUGGGCAGAGAUGGAGUUGUCCGGUACCACAUCCAUGAAGGCUCGGGUCUGGGAGUGUUCACCAUUGAUGAGGAAACAGGUGUGAUCCGUACGACAGAGAAGUUGGACCGCGAGACGAUACCGCACUACUGGCUUUCUGUAUACGUCACUGAUCUGGGGACCGAGCCUCUGAUGUCCUGGACUCACGUCUUCCUGGAGGUCCUGGACGUAAACGAUAACGCUCCAGAACUUUCUCAGCCGGUGUAUUUUGCAUCCGUCCAGGAGAACGUGCGCACGGUCAAGUCCGUCGUCCAGGUGUCGGCCACAGACGCGGACACUUCCUCUGAGGGGAAGCUUUCCUUCCAGAUGCUAGAAUCUCACCGGACGUUCUUCGAUGUGGAUCCAACAACAGGUGUUAUCAGCACUCUCUCAGCCUUGGAUCGGGAGGAUAAACCAGAACACAGUAUCGAGGUAAUCGUUUCAGACAAUGCAUCUCCAUCUCUGCGCUCCACUGCCACCGUCGUGAUCCGAGUUCUAGACGCCAACGACAACCUACCAAAGUUCACCGACAAGCUCGUCCACGUCAAGCUGCCUGAGCAGCAGCAGCAGGCGGGUCAACGGGAAGUCUGCAGGAUGAUCGCCCGUGACGACGACGAGGGCUCGAACGCCGUGGUGACCUACAAGCUCCAAGACAACAAGGACGACAGUUUUGAGAUUGACUCGGUGACGGGCGUGGUGACGUCGCAUGGGGAUUUCUGGCCGGGAAACUACAGCAUUCUCACGAUCAAAGCGACAGACCAGGGCAGCCCGUCACGCUCGUCCAAAGCGAGACUCGACAUCGAGUGGAUCGCCCUCCCGCCGCCCUCCGCCGAGCCAAUCACGUUUGACGAGCCCCACUUCACUUUUGCUGUCAUGGAAACGGAGCCUGUCACUCACAUGGUGGGCAUCAUCAUGACGGAGGGGACGCAUCGGCUGAAGUGGUUCGAUAUCAUAGGUGGUGAUGAGGAAAAGGACUUUGACAUCCAGAGAACUACAGGAACCAUCUUGAUCGCCCGCCGGCUCGACGCCGCUCGGCGCUCCAACUACAACAUGACGGUGCGGGUCACCGAUGGCUACCACAACGCCACCGCACAGGCCUACAUCCGUGUGCUGGACAUGAAUGACCAUCGGCCCGUCUUCCUGCAGCCGCUGUACGAGGUGAGGGUUCCUGAGGACACCUCCCCUUGGAAGGACAUCCUGCAGAUCAGCGCGCAGGACGGCGACAGCAACAGUAAGCUGGUGUUCUCCAUCCACAGCAGUCUGCACCCAGACAGCACCAAGUUCUUCCAUCUGGACCCAAAGAGUGGAGUCCUGGUGAUGACGGAGCAGCUCGACUACGAGAGGAUCUCCGUUCAUACGCUUAUCGUUAUGGUGCGUGACCAGGAGAUCCCAGUGAAGAGAAACUUUGUGAAGGUGGUGGUUCAUGUGGAGGACUGUAACGACCACUCGCCAGCCUUCCACAGCACCCGCUACGAGGCAAGCAUCUCCAACCUGGCCCCUACGGGCUCCGAGGUCGUCCGGGUCAAGGCUCUGGACAAGGACAUGGGCAGCAACGCCGACAUCAGCUACUCUCUGAGCUCUGGGAAUAUCGACAACAUCUUCUCCAUUGAUCCAGAGCUGGGCUCUAUCAGUGUUUCCAAACCUCUGGACCUUCAGCCUCAGGAUCAGUUCCACUUGACAGUAAAAGCCACUGACCAGGGCUUCCCUCAGCGCACUGACCUCUGCUCCGUCCACGUCCACGUCCGCAUCUCCGACCAAACUCCACCUGCCUUCCCCUCGGAUGAAUACCUCACAGAGAUCAGUGAAUUAAGCCCUCUUGGAACACCAGUGGUCACCAUCUCGGCCUCCAGCCCCGCUGCAGUUCAUUACGGGAUUGAAAGUGGCAACCCAAACGGUACAUUUCAUAUCAAUCCCUCCACUGGGUUGAUUUCAAUCCAAAAGCACCUUGACUUUGAGAAUUCUGCCUCCUACAAGCUCAAAGUUACAGCUUCCACCACGGCUGGAGCUUCGUCCAAGACUCUCGUUUACAUCUACGUGAUUGACGAGAACGACAACGCUCCUGUUUUUCAGCUGCGGAAGUACCUGGGGCAAAUAAGUGAGUCGGCUCACAUCAACAGCAUGGUUAUGGGAGAAAGAAACAUCCCUCUGGUCAUCCAGGCUUCAGAUGCAGACAAAGAUUCAAAUUCUCUGCUGGUGUAUCAGAUCCUAGAACCGGAGGCCCUGAACGUCUUCAAGAUAGACUCGAGUAUGGGCACCAUCUCUUUAAUUUCACCAGUCGACUUCGAAGCCAAGUCCGAGUAUCACUUCACUGUACAGGUAAAGGACUCAGGGGAGCCGUCACUGUAUGCAACAGAGCCUGCCAAGGUCAAUGUUCGCAUCCUGGACCUGAAUGACUGCCCGCCGCAGUUCACCACGCCAGUGUACGAGCCAUCCAUCAUCUUCCCAGCUGUCAGAGAUACAGAGGUUGUGCGUGUUAUGGCUCAUGACGCCGACUCGGCAGUGUCAUACAGCAUUACGGAGGGUAAUCUUCACAAUGCCUUUUCAAUUCACCCCAAUACUGGAGUCAUCACUGUGAGCAAUGAGUCUGAAUUCAGUCCAUUUUACCAACUGGUUGUUAAAGCAUCUGAUGGCCUCUACAAAGACUCAACUACCGUCAAGGUCAACGUAACAAACUUAACAGUCAGCGAUCUUGGAUUUGAGCAGAAAGUGUAUUCAGUAAACAUUAUAGAAAACCUAAAGACUGUCAAAACUUUGCUGGCACUCAAAGCCUUAGGUUGUUUUUUAAAUGAGCCUGUUUUAUAUUCUGUGGUAAACCCAGUGGGAAAGUUUUUGAUUUCCCAAACAUCAGGCAUUCUUGAAACAACUGGUAUCCCUUUUGACAGAGAGGAACAAGAUGUUUAUGACUUAGUGGUGAAGGUAGAAGACAUGAGAACACCGCCUAGGACAGCUACCACACAGGUCAAGGUUUUUAUAGAGGAUGUCAAUGACAACUCUCCACAGUUUCUAAACUUGCCUUUUUCAAUGAUGAUUGUUGAAACCUCUGAACCAGGAGAUGUUUUAUAUCAAGCAACUGCCAUCGACAGAGAUCUGGGAGAGAACGGGUCCAUCAUGUACUCGCUGGAGGACGAUUACGACCUUUUCAGGAUAGAUCCUGACAUAGGCGAUGUAUCCCUUCAAAGGCCUCUUGACUUUGACGCUCUGAAUAAGUAUGUGUUGACGGUCUUGGCUAUAGACGACGGUGAGCCCAGUCAAACCACAAUGGCUCAGCUCAGUAUUCAAGUGAGGAAUCAAACCAACCCAGUUUUCCAGACCCUUCUGUAUCCACUGAAAGUCCCGGAAAAUGUCCCUCCCUUCACCACCAUCUUACACGUCCAAGCCAGGAAUCCAGAGGGAUAUCGGCUUAUCUACAAUCUAGAAGAGGACAAUGCCUCACAACAUUUUCACAUUGAUUUCAAAACUGGCGUGUUGACUGUCACCAACCUCCUCGACUACGAGAGCCAAGCCAUGCAUGUGUUGACAGUUCGUGCUUCUGACUCUGUGACUGGAGCUUUCUCUGAGGCCUCCAUUGAAAUAGAAGUAGAGGAUGUGAACGAUAACGUGCCAGUUUUCUCAAAGCUAAUAUACCCUGUAACCAUUGUUGAGGGUCUCCCAAUCGACACCUCUGUGAUACAACUCUUUGCCUCUGAUGGGGACUCUGGCAGAAAUAAAGAUCUUACAUUCCAGAUUGUGAAAACGGAGAGAAACGAGACUGAUUUCUUUGAGGUAGACCCUCAUACCGGGUUGAUCGUCACAAAACAAGUGCUGGACCAUGAAAACACAAAACACUUUCAUUUGAAAAUCAAAGCCACUGACAAUGGCACUGUUCCUCUUAGUAGUGAAGCCCACGUCUUUAUUAAUAUCACUGAUGUCAAUGACAACCCGCCAGACUUCAUCAGCUCCCAGUAUGACGCCACACUGGAUGAAAUGGCAAAAUGUGGCCACAUAGUCAUCAAAAUCCAAGCUUCAGAUCCAGACACCGGGGACCUGAAUAACCUCAAGUAUAAAAUCCUCUCAGGUAACAAAGGCCGCUACUUCAACAUCAACGAAUCCUCAGGAAUCAUCUCUUUUUCUAACGUCUGUAAGAGGAAUCUGGAUCCUUACUAUAACCUGACAGUGGCGGUGUCUGACGGAGUGUUUCAGAAAACAGCACCAGUUAAUAUUGACAUGAUAAACAGCAACAGGCAUAGUCCACACUUCAAGCAGAGCAUCUAUGAAGCAGAGCUCGCUGAAAAUGCAGAGGCAGGAACUCGGGUGAUCCGGUUAGCGGCCAUUGAUCCUGACGACGGGCCUUUUGGCAGUGUUGACUACACCAUCAUAAACAAACUUGCUGAUGAUACAUUUUCCAUCGACACUGAUGGGCAGAUUGUUACAACACAACCGUUGGACAGAGAAAACCCCACCCAGCGAGUCAUAGCUAUCAAAGUGAUGGCUAAAGAUGGCGGCGGAAAAGUGGCCUUUUGCACAGUCAAGAUUAUUCUCAUUGAUGAGAACGACAAUGUUCCUCAGUUCAAAGCGUCAGAGUACCAGGUUUCAAUUCAGUCAACUGUAAAUAAAGGCUCCCCUGUCAUUCAAAUCAUGGCUUAUGACGCAGAUGAUGGCAAAAAUGCAGACGUCACCUACACAGUAGAUGAAGCUGAAGAAGUGACCGAAGACAUUAUCGAGAUCAACCCUUUCACUGGAGUUGUGAGCGUCAAAGAGAGUCUUGUCGGCAUGGAGAACAAGAUCUUCAACUUCAAAGUCAAAGCCCGCGAUGGUAGCCUUCCUUUCUAUAACUCCACAGUCCCCGUUCAGCUCAAAGUGGUUUCUCCUGACAUUCCCCUCCCAAAGUUCUCAGAGCCUCUCUACACCUUCUCAGCUGCAGAGGACAUCCCCGUGGGGACAGAGGUCGGCUCAGUGAGGGCGAACUCCAACAUGCCUCUUAUUUACAGCCUGGUGAACGGGAACACUGUGGAAAGCAACAAAGACAAGGUGUUCAGUUUGGACAAAGAAAGCGGAACUUUGCUGUUGCAGAAGACCAUCGAUCACGAGAAAACCAAAUGGUACCAGAUAGAUGUGAUCGCUCAGGGGAGCCACAACGGGACUGAUGUUGCAUCACUGGUGUCGGUCAGCAUCCAGGUCCAAGAUGUGAACGACAACCAGCCGGUGUUUGAUGCAAACCCAUACAGGGCCUUCCUGGCUGAGAACAUGCCUGCUGGAACUACUGUUAUUCAGGUGACAGCCAACGACCCCGACACUGACACCAACGGGCUUGUGACCUACAGCUUGGAGUCUCUACCUGACGACACCGCGGCGCACAUCACCGAGGUAUUCUCCAUCGACGGAGAGAGCGGCUGGAUCACCACCAUACGGGAGACGGACUGUGAGGCGACUAGGCUUUACCGGUUUAGCGUGUUCGCCACAGACCACGGUGGCGACGCCAAGCUUUCUUCCAGCGUCCUGGUGGAGGUGACGGUGACGGACGAGAACGACAACCCGCCAAAGUUCUCCGAUGACGUUUACCGCGGCUCAGUGGUGGAGAACAGCAGCCCCGGGGAAGUCAUCGUCUCAAUGACGACCACAGAUGCUGACGUGUCGCUGGAGAACCGCCUUGUGACGUGUUACAUCACAGACGGCGACCCGUUGGGCCAGUUCGCCAUCAUCCAGGAGGACGAGGGCGAGUGGGGUUUGAUCGCGAAGGUAGCUCUGGACAGAGAGACCAGAGACAGAUACACACUGAAAGUCACGGCCACCGACGGGAAGUCUGAGGCUCCGGUUAUCGUGGUCGUCCACGUGCUGGACAUCAACGACAACAGUCCCCUGUGUGAACAGCUGGUGUACACAGAGGUGGUGAUGGAGAACUCUCCCUCCAGCAUGUUUGUGCUGAAGGUUUCGGCUUCAGACCCAGACGUGGGAGCUAAUGGCCAGAUCUCUUACAGCCUGCACGGUCCCAGCGCAGACAAGUUCCAUCUCGACCACAGGACAGGUGAGCUGUUCACUCUGGCUGUGUUGGACCGGGAGCGGGAGGUCGAGUACAACCUGGUGGCGAAGGCGACGGACGGCGGCGGGCGGUCGUGUCAGGCAGACAUCCGGCUGAUGAUCCAGGACAUGAACGACAACCCGCCUCACUUCUCCUCCAGCCACUACGAGGUCACCGUGUUCGACAACACGACCGUCCGGACGCCCGUCGCCGUCAUUUACGCCAAGGACCCCGACACUGGUAUAAACUCUGAGGUGAAGUACUCCCUCCUGGCCGGCGACAGCGGCUACUUCUCUCUGGACGAGUUUUCGGGGAUCCUGCGUCUGGAGCGACCCCUGACCUCCGACACGCCGCCCACCUUCGAGCUGAAGGUGAAGGCCACCGAUCGCGGCCUGCCUCGUCACCUCUACUCCGUCGCCACGGUCACGGUGGACGUGGUCUCCCUGGACGACUACCAGCCCGUCUUCCUGAACUCGGAGUACACCGCCCAGCUCCCAGAAUCCUUAGCGGUCGGGUCGGAGGUGCUGAGCGUCUCUGCCCUGACGAGAGACGGAGGAGGCCCGGAUCCCAUCGUCUACCGCAUCGUGUCUGGCAACGAGCUCGGAUGCUUCCUGCUGGACACACGGACAGGCGUCCUGACCCUCAUCGCCCCGCUGGACUUUGAAGUGUCCCGGGAGUACUACCUGUCUGUAGAGGGAAGUCGAGGGAAGUCUUCCCUCAGCGACAUCACCACGGUCAUCAUCAACGUCACCGACCUGAACGACAACGCGCCCGUGUUCGGACCAGACAACAACAGCGUCGAGAUAUCGGAGGAUCUGACGCCUGGAAGCCUGGUGAUGAAGAUAACAGCCACUGAUCAGGACGGUCCCAUCAACAAUCUGCUCCGUUACUCCGUAGUGAGUGGAGACGCUCUGCAGCAGUUCUCUAUUCACCCUCGCAGUGGAGAAAUCACUGUCCGCACUGCGCUGGACAGAGAAGAGAUCCAACAUUACUCUCUGACGGUGCAGGCAGCAGAUGAAGGAGAUCCUCCUCUGUCCUCCGCGGCCCUCAUCACCAUCACUGUCAACGACGUCAACGACAACCCGCCCGUCUUCUCCCAGGUCAACCACAGUCUGCUGCUGCAGGAGGGCGAGUCGGUCGGCAGCAGCAUCCUGCAGCUCGUGGUGACGGACAAAGACACGCCCAGAAACGGCCCACCUUUCUCCAUCCACAUCGUCAGCGGCAACGAAGACCGCCGUUUCCACGUCGACCAGGGGGGCCUGCUGUCCCUCUCUGCUCCACUCAGAAAGAAGGUCAAACCCCGUCACCAACUCAAGAUACAGGUGACGGACAGCGGCCACCCUCCCCUCUCCUCCAUCUGUGUGGUCAACAUCAAUGUCACCGAGCAGAGCAAGUAUCCUCCCUCUGUCGUUCCUCUGGAGGUUUUCAUCACCACCUCCGGCGGGCUGUUUGCCAACCGGGUGAUCGGCAGGCUCCACGCCUCAGACCAGGACCUGCAGGACGUCCUGACCUACAAGCUCGUGUCAGAAAACCCAGACAGCAGGAGGUUCUCCGUCGACCUCACUGAUGGCAAAAUCUGGGCGGAUGAAAACCUGAAGGAGGGCUCCUACUCCCUCAACGUCAGCGUGACCGACGGGAGGUUCAGCGUCUGGGCGGGGGUCAGAGUUCACGUGUGGGCGGCCGACCAGCGGGCGCUGGACUCCGGCCUGACGCUGCAGCUGGUCGGGUUGUCACCGGAGGAGUUUCUGGGCGACCACUGGAGAGGCCUGCAGCGCAGCCUGGGACAAGCUUUGGGUUUACCCAGACAGGAGCUUCACCUGGCCAGCCUGCAGCAGCGGCCCGACGCCCGGGUCCUGGAGGUCCUGCUCAUCUGGAGGCCGCAGAGUCGCCUCGUCCAGUCUCUGCCAACCAACAGACUCGCAGGUAUUAUAACAGAUUUAGAGGACUCUCUGGGGCUCAGCAUCCUCCGGGUGAGCCACAACGGGUGUCUGGGUACCGGCUGUCCGCCGCGAGGCUGCAGGAACGCCGUCCGACUGACAUCAGAAAGACUGAGCCAUUUCACCACCGCCAGAGCCGCUUACAUCACCCCGCAGCACGCCUGGGAGAGCGUCUGCCCCUGUAACGAGUCUGCAGUGAGGUUCGAUGGUAAGUCCUACCUGAAGUACCUUCACAGGAUGGACGAGGACAACCAGGACUUCAAACUGUCCCUGAGAUUCAAGACUCUCCAGGAGCACGGCGUCGUCGUGUCCACCAACAGCACCGACGACUGGGGAGCUCUACAGCUGACUGAUGGAGAGCUGCAGUUCAGGUUCAGCUGUGGAAGCCCCUCCCCCGGUUUGUUAAAAACCCAAUCUGAUCCGGUGUCAGACGGCAAGUGGCACAGCGUCCUGCUGGAGGUCAACUCCAGUGCCCUGAGACUGACCCUGGACCAGCAGCCUCCAGCCUUCACCGCCCUGACAGAGCCGUGCCGGAUGAUGCGCUCCCAUGGCUGCUUUGCUCUUCGCUUCUUGGACUCAGGACUCUUCGUCUCCGGAGGUCCACAAUAUCCACAGAGUUUCAGUGGCUGCCUCGAUGGCCUGGAGCUCAAUGGGGAGCCAAUCAGAGCGGGUGACUCGGCGGAGUGGGCUGGGCCGGGGAGCAGGAGGCUGUUUGGGGUGUACCAGUGCUGCAGGUGGGCAGGAGCCUGCGCCAACAGCCCCUGUCAGAACCGAGGGGUCUGCGAGGAAGACGCCAGCGGAGAGGCUCGCUGCAGGUGUGCGGGGUUCUUCCACGGCGCCCGCUGCGAGCUCACCGACAACCCGUGCGCCUCCCAACCAUGUCACAACGGCAGGGUGUGUGUGCCCAAGGCUCAUGGUUACUUGUGCAACUGCUCGCUGGACAACCCCAAAGCACGGUGCCACAAUCAGAUACCUCCUGACCAUGAAGUCUGUUCGGCCAGUGCGUGUCCUGCAGGCUUUGAUUGUCAGGUGUCAGACGGCUCCAUACACUGUGACCCGCUGCCUCAGGUGUCUCCAAUGAUUGGCUAUUUUGAAAUCAUGGAGAUCAGUGUCAGUGUGCUUGGAUUACUUUUCUUGGUUGGCAUCUUCGUUUGCAUCAGGAAACGUUACGUUCAUCAUAAGAAGAAAAAGCCCGUCUGUGUCCAGGACUCCAACGGCUACUUCCAACCCAGUCUGGCCAAGAGCCUCAAAGUGGACAACCAGGAAGUCAACCCCAUAGAGAUGAGCUCACUGGUCGACCCCAGCAACGACCUCGACCACAAUGCGUUCAGGUCGCUUCGCCCGUGCAGCCAGAUCGUUCCGUCAGGGUGCGGGGUUUCCUCUCUGAAGAUGCAGGGGCCGGUGGUGUGCAGUGUUGCACCAAACUUCCCUGCCAGGCCACCGUCCUGCUCCGACAACGACUCCAUUAGGAAGAACCACUGGGAUAUGGACUACGAAGUGUAUCCGGCAGACCCCGACUACUAUGGCCGCCCCCCAGCGGUGCAGGAGUUCCCCCAGUUUGACAUCGUGGAGGACACCUACCCCACCUCCACCGGGGAGUCGCGGAGGAACUCUCGAUUCGGCGGCUUCCCGUUCCCACUGGAUCGCUGCGACCGCCGCGCUCCCCUACCUCCCUGCUACAGCAACCAGAAGCUGGACGACUUCCUGGGUCCCGACGGACUUCCUCUCCCCACCUCCCAGUGCCCCAACGAGUACACCGCCAUCAGCUACUACCCCACCCAACACACGCAGAGCGUGGACAAUGUCUCGGGAGGCUACAAGAGACUCAGCAUGCGUCUGAGCGUGGCCAUGCCGUCGUAUGCGGAGCAGGCGAGUCCGCCACCGGCGCCGAACCCCGCCCAGCCUCAGACCAGACCGCCAGUGCAGAACCUGCGCAGCUACGAUGGGUCGAGCAUGGUGGAGAGCGACUAUGGGAGCUGUGAAGAGGUGAUGUUUUAG